CGGUUGGUGGUUGGUGGGGGUGGGGGGGGGAAGGAGACGCAGAAGCUGAUCGUCCUCUUCUUCUUGUUGCUCUCGGCGGAGACCUGCAGCUCACGGCCUCACAUCAUGCCUAAGUCAAGAGAAGUUGUUUCCACAAGCUCAGACAGCGAGUCGGAUAGUGAAGUUGAUCAAAAGGCUAAGAGAAAGAAGAUUAUCGCAGAGAAGCCAGCGAAAAAACAAAAGGGUGGUGAAAGUUCUGGAGGUGCAAAAUGUGCUAAAAGUGACAAAGAUGAUAACCUAUUUCAGAUUGGCAAAAUGAGAUAUGUCAGCGUGCGUGAAUUCAAAGGGAAAGUCCUAAUUGAUGUCAGAGAAUACUGGAUGAAUCAAGAUGGUGAAAUGAAGCCUGGGAAAAAAGGAAUCUCUCUAUUACCAGACCAGUGGAACCAACUGAAGGAAAUGAUUCCUGACAUUGACGAUGCACUAAAAAAGUUAUAAAAUGUCCAUAUGAAGAUGUACCCUGCUUUUUGUCAUCUGUAACAUUGUUUUUUUUAAAAGACGAAAUUAAGCUUUGUAUUGUACUGUUCAUGUGGCUGUUUUUUUGUUUAUGCAGCACAUCAGUGUUCAUUUUUAAAAUCUCACUAAGGGGUACAAAAAAAAAAUUGUAUGGGGAUUCUUUUUAGUGUGGGAAAAAAAAUGUUUCAUGAUGGUCAGCAAUUGCCAUAUCAUGUCUUUAAACUGUUACAUAUAUUAUCCCCAGGUGUCAAUCCAAGUAUUUUAUUAAAACGGCUUCAUAAAUUUGUUGCUUUAUCUAGAUCAUUUCUUUGUUCAGGGUCCAAUUGUUGAAAUCUCUGGCUAUAUCAGAUUGGCAACUUUAGCUUUCCCUAAUGGGUAAAGUCACCCCAAGUGUGGCAAUAAGCUUAAAAACCAUUUGUGGUUUUUGAUGUUAGCUGAGCAGAUCUUGCUCACCUGCAACAGAAUUCAGAUUGUUACAUUUUUCCUUGGUGCCCAAGUAUGGGGGGUGAUUAUCAUUCUGCAUGUGACUUACUGGAACACAAACCUGUAAAAGUCUUUGAGGACACGAGGCAGAAUUAAACGUACAUCGGCUGACAUCCCGUAGGAAGUUUAAAUGACCUGACGAAACAUAUUUGCUACUGAGACUUUCAACGAUAUCUUGAAAGAACGAUAUCUGAGAUCUGUUGUUGUUUCAAAUCCAUUCCAAGAAAAUAAACAUUAACAAUGCUACGAGGUUAAAUUUGUCAGACUGAAUUUUCUUGGCUUUUGGUGAGUGUACUGUACAUUAAAGUAUCUGAGCGCUUAUGAUCCAGAUAAGCCUUUUUGUUUGAAAUGAGGAUGGGCAAUGUUUAGUUUCUCCACAUACUCUCGAAUAACUGUCCUUCCGAGUAUUGCUGAAAUCUGUAGCUGGAAUAAUUUGGCUAUGGAAUGUUUGGACUUUUGUGAACAGUUUUAAGAUAUUAAUAGCUUUUAAUAUCUUAAACCAUAGGGAACUAUCCUAAUGUAGGUAAAUGACUAGCACUUGGUUUAAAUGAUCAAUGAUUGACAUUUAGUCCACUAUUCAGCAUUUUCCACUUUUCCCACUAACCAUUUAUGUAUUGGCUAUUUAGGAAUAAUUUUAAUCUGAAAACUGACUGGCUAGGCAUACCACUAUAUAUGAGCUCUUAAUUGCAGUACUAUGCCUAAUUUAAUAUUUUUCAGUAUGCUUUUGUAUUAUUUCACGAUGUCCAUAUUUCUCUGAUCUGUAUUGAAAUGUGGUCAAUUAAAUAAAGCUGCGGCAAUUUGAUCUGA